UCAGCUACAGUGCUGGGAUCAGCGCGUGCGAGAAGGGCGAGCAGUGGCAGCGGGCUCUGGCGCUGUUCAGCGAGAUGUGGGAGCUGAAGAUGGAGCCCGAUUCAGCUACAGUGCUGGGAUCAGCGCGUGCGAGAAGGGCGAGCAGUGGCAGCGGGCUCUGGCGCUGUUCAGCGAGAUGUGGGAGUUGAAGAUGGAGCCCGAUCCCUAG